UUGAUAAUAUAAUUAGUGAAAGUUAUAAAAAUAAUGUUCAAAACUUUGAUGAUAAGGAAAAUAUACUUCCCGGAUCCUUAGCUUUUACAUCCUCACAAUCUUCAAUUAACAAAACCGUCUAUAAAGCGGAAAAUAACGAUGAUAUUAACAGUAAUGACGGUGAUAAUGAAGCUGGUGAAGAGAGUCUUUUUGAGGAGAGUGAUCCUGCGUUGGAUAAAAGUAUACGAAAAUUUGUUAGUGCUUACAAAAAGCGUCGUUUAGUACAAGACACCCAUGUCCGUCCAGCAAUUUCUUCCUUCUUCCAAACCUGUGACUGGAAUGCAAAGCGAACGAAUGGUAAUAGCUAUCAACGUGGAGGUAAAAAAAUUAGAGUCCAAGUUGCUUCAACUGCUAGGCGUAAAGAACUUUCAAGUAAAGGACAAAAAAGAAUGCGAAAAAGAGAUCCAACACAAGAUACUAUUGGGAAUGAAA